AUGUCGAGCUUGAGACCGCUAUGCCAUGCGCAACGGUUCAGCAUCAAGGCUGAGGCUGCCUCUACCAUUAAGCCUCUGGGCUUGGAUGCUUCAAAACUCAGCAUUGAGAAGACGGCGAAGCCCAAGGGCCUCAGCAAGCCUGAGGAUCUCGUCUUUGGAAGGGAAUUCACAGACCACAUGCUUGCGAUCGAAUGGAAUCAAGACGAAGGAUGGUUGGAACCCAAGAUCACACCCUACCAGAACCUCUCACUCGACCCUGCGACGUGUGUCUUCCACUAUGCCUUCGAGUGUUUUGAGGGUAUGAAGGCGUACAAGGACAAGGAUGGCAAAGUGCGACUCUUCCGACCCGACAAGAACAUGGCGCGACUCAACAAGUCUGCCGCCCGUAUUGCGCUCCCUACCUUUGAGCCACAAGCCCUCACCGAGCUCAUCUCCAAGCUCGCUCAGCUUGACUCCCGCUUCAUCCCUGACAAGCGGGGAUACUCCCUCUACCUCCGUCCCACCAUGAUCGGAACCCAAAAGACACUCGGUGUCGGACCUCCCGGAUCUGCUCUUCUCUACGUCAUUGCCUCGCCCGUUGGCCCUUACUAUCCUACUGGUUUCAAGGCUGUCUCGCUCGAGGCCACUGACUACGCUGUUCGUGCUUGGCCCGGUGGUGUUGGUGACAAGAAGCUGGGCGCCAACUAUGCACCCUGUAUCGUUCCCCAGCUCCAGGCCGCCAGCCGUGGCUUCCAGCAGAACCUCUGGCUGUUUGGUGAGGAGGAGUACGUUACUGAGGUCGGCACUAUGAACAUGUUUGUUGCUCUCAAGAACAAGGAGACUGGCCAAAAGGAGCUUGUGACGGCUCCCCUUGACGGAACUAUCCUCGAGGGUGUUACUCGUGACUCUGUGCUCGCUCUCGCUCGGGAGCGUCUUGAACCUGAGGGCUGGAAGAUCAGCGAGCGCAAGUACACGAUGAAGGAGCUUGCUGAGGCCGCUGAUGAGGGUCGUCUUCUCGAGGCCUUUGGUGCUGGAACUGCAGCUAUUGUCAGCCCUGUCCGAUCCAUCUCAUGGAAGGGUAAGCUCGUUGACUGCGGUCUUUCUGAACUCGAAGAGUCUGGUGAGAUUGCUCUGAAGAUGAAGGAAUGGAUCGAGGCCAUUCAGUAUGGUGAUGAGGAGCAUGAAUGGAGCUACACUAUUUAG